AUGUCGACCCCCAAGAAAGGAGACCUGUCCCCGAGUGAGAAGGAGCUGUUCGCGAUUAUCACAGGGGGUAAUGAACAGGAGGCUUCCCGUCUGCUGGGCUGUAAAGCUGUGAGGGUCAACUGUCUGGAUGAGUACGGGAUGACCCCUCUGAUGCACGCCGCCUACAAAGGAAAAGCCGACAUGUGUAAACUGCUGCUCCAACACGGAGCUGAUGUGAACUGUAACCAACAUGAGCACGGGUAUACAGCACUCAUGUUCGCCGGCCUGUCAGGAAAGACUCACAUCACCGCCAUGAUGUUGGACGCUGGAGCAGAGACGGACGUGGUCAACUCUGUGGGCAGAACAGCAGCACAAAUGGCAGCAUUUGUCGGUCAGCACGACUGUGUGACGGUCAUCAACAACUUCUUUUCUCGAGCCAGACUGGACUAUUACACCAAACCUCAGGGGCUGGAGAAGGAGCCCAAACUGCCCACUAAACUGGCCGGUCCACUACACAAGGUUAUUAUGAGUACCAACUUGAACCCAGUCAAGAUGGUGCUGCUGGUGAAGGACAACCCCCUGCUGACUGAGGCUGAUGCUCUGGAGAAGUGCCGGCGGGUGAUGGAGCUGAUCUGUGAGAAGUGCAUGAAGCAGCAGGACAUGAACGAGGUUCUGUCCAUGAAGAUGCACUACAUCAGCUGUGUGCUCCACAAGUGUGUGUCCUUCCUGCGUGACCGUGACAACAAGCUGGAUGGCCUCAUCAAGUGUUUGUUGAAGGGCAGAGACACAGACGGGUUCCCGGUUUUCCAGGAGAAGUUCAUUCGAGAGUCUGUCCGGAAGUUUCCUUACAGCGAUGCCACGUUACUGCAGCAGCUGGUCCGCAGCAUCGCCCCAGUGGAGAUCAUCUUCUCGAGAGCAGUGAUGUUUUGGGGCUGUCCAACUCCCUCCACAGAUGUUCAAUGGGGUUGA